AUGGAUCUAUCAGUGCUGGCACUAUGUACCCUAUUGUUGGGUUUGUGUCUGUGGAAGAUGAAUGGUUUGUUAUAUAGAUAUAAAACCUACAUUGCUCUGUAUACCUCUGACAAAGUGAUCAGGUUUGGAAAGUUCCAUCCUUUGUGGGGACAUCUUCAUCUGUUAAUUCCAGUAAUAAGAUUCCAAGAGCUGGUGGAUAAAGGAAUACGCGAAACUGGGAGAAAAAUAACGUGUCACUGGAUGGCUUUCCUUUAUCCGAUACUGGGCGUGUGUCAUCCGGAUACAGCCAAAAUACUUUUAAAGUCAAGCGAACCAAAGAAUAAACAGGCAGGAGGUGGCUACUUUACUCUACUUCCGUGGUUAGGAGACGGUUUACUGAUCAGUGAUGGUAAGAAGUGGGAGAGGAACAGACGGUUGUUGACACCAGCAUUUCAUUUCGACGUUCUCAAACCUUACGUACCUAUUUAUAACCAAGUGUUCGACAUCUUUCUGGACAAGAUUGAAAAAGCGACCAGCGGAGGACAGAGUACAGAGAUUUAUCACAGAGUAGGUUUGGCAACCUUGGAUACUCUGUUACGGUGUACUCUGUCGUACGAGGACAAUGUACAGGAGCAAGGAUCAAAUCACCCUUAUGUGAAUGCUGUGAGGAUACUUUCCAAUCUCUCACUCAAGAGAAUGAUGGAACCCUGGAUACACCCAGAUAUAUUCUUCAAUAUGUCGCCAACUGGAAGGAAAUAUCACAAAUAUGCGAAGUAUGUACAUGACUUCGACGAGAAAGUCAUCCAAGAAAGAAAACAGGUGUUGGAUACAGACAUGUCAGUAUUGACGAAACGACGACGGGACUUUCUAGACAUUCUGUUGACCGCUCGAGAUGAGCAUGGCGUUGGGCUGACCGAUCGUGAGGUCAGGGACGAGGUCGAUACCUUCCUCUUUGAAGGACAUGAUACAACAGCUUCGUCUCUAAGUUGGGCCAUUUACUCGUUGUCAAAGAACCCAGAAGAGCAAGAGAAAGUCUACGAGGAAGUAAAACGAGUUCUCGGUGACAGGACAGAUGUUGACUGGUCCGAUAUCAAGGAAUUUUCUCAAUUGACCUUAUUCCUGAAGGAGUCCAUGCGCAUGUUUUCCCCAGUACCUUCCGUGGGUAGAAUCACAACUAAGGAAAUUGACCUUGAUGGUCUAAAGAUCCCCGCCAAUAUUGAGGUUUACGUGUUGAUACAUUCUCUAAACAAUCGGCAGGAUAUAUGGGGAGACCCUGAGACGUUCCGACCAGAUCGAUUUUUAACCGAACCUGAAAAAGACCCAUACAGCUACGUGCCUUUCUCUGCAGGACCAAGAAACUGUAUUGGUCAACAUUUCGCACUUGAUGAACAAAAGGUUGCUCUUGCAAAAUUACUUCAAAGAUUUAAAGUAUUACCAGAACCUGACCACAAACCGGAAGUAGAUCUUGAUCUCGUGCUGCGACCUACAAACGGAAUACGUAUAAAGUUACAGAGACGAUAAAGUGUACUUCCGGGUGAUCGUCAUGUGUAUUGCUUGGUGACAAAUGAUGUGGGUGAUCGUCAUGUCGUAUUGCUUGGUGACAAGUGAUGUUGGUGAUCGUCAUGUCGUAUUGCUUGGUGACAAGUUAUGUGGGUGAUCGUCAUGUCGAAUAGCUUGGUGACAAGUGAUGUGGGUGAUCGUCAUGUAUUGUUUGGUGACAAGUGAUGUGGGUGAUCGUCAUGUAUUGCUUGGUGACAACUGAUGUUGGUGAUCGUCAUGUCGUAUUGCUUGGUGACAAGUUAUGUGGGUGAUCGUCAUGUGGAAUAGCUUGGUGACAAGUGAUGUGGGUGAUCGUCAUGUCGUAUUGCUUGGUGACAAGUGAUGUUGGUGAUCGUCAUGUCGUAUUGCUUGGUGACAAGUUAUGUGGGUGAUCGUCAUGUCGAAUAGCUUGGUGACAAGUGAUGUGGGUGAUCGUCAUGUAUUGUUUGGUGACAAGUGAUGUGGGUGAUCGUCAUGUAUUGCUUGGUGACAACUGAUGUUGGUGAUCGUCAUGUCGUAUUGCUUGGU